AUGGCGGUUUCUUCCUCCAUUUCGAUCUCCUCAAGGGUAGCGUCUCUCCCAGCCCCAUGUUUGCUCUCUAUAUUUAAAAAUUUCACAGCGGAAAAGUAUUCGAAGGAUCUCGGGACGCAAAGAAACCUUGUGUUGGUCAACCGACACUGGUGUGGCAUUCUCACACCUGAGUUGUGGAGAGAUCCUUUUGGAUAUACCGAGAAGAAAAACGAUCAACAUGUAAAGUUGAUCGAUACUUAUUUCAAGUGUUUGCCAAAGGAUGUUGGGCAAAAGAUAAUCGAAGAGAUAUUGGAAGCGUUAAAUUCCAAUCUUGCUGACGUUGACAAUGGUUCCAUUGAUGAUAGCUCUUCCGAUAACUCAAGCAACAGUAGUGGCAAGGUUGCAGCGAAUAGGAAUCUAAAGCCGGUGUUUUAUUAUCAUAAAUAUCUCCGCAAUCUCCAGCUUGAUGAGAUAUACCUGAGCGUUUCGAAAUGGUAUAAAAAGAAUGUAUCAAAGAAGGUCGUUUCGGCGUCCACUAAAGGUUCUCAAAAGCUCUACCUGUACCGAAUGAUCCUUCAGAAUUUCGUCUCCCAUUCUUCGAACAUCAAAGACCUUACUCUCACCGGCGCAAGAGAGUAUCCUUAUGUCAAUAUUUAUGAUCUGCCUCAAGCGGAGUCCACGUUGUCGUCUAUCAGGUUUUUAAGGUUGGAUGUGAGCUCUUUACCUCCGGGAAUGGAUAAAAUGCUUCGUGAGGUUAUCUUCUCUUCGUCAUAUUUUUCCACUCAUAUUCAAGAAUUGAAGAUUAAUUUGAAUGCGGAAGGCGAUAUGAGCGGGACGGUCGAACAACUCGCCAGACUCAUAGAAUCGCAAAGGGAAUUAAAGAAGAUUUCAAUCGAAUGUUUUGAGAUGGAUUUUCAAAUAAUAUGGAAGAGCGUGGUCAAUCGUCAUCAGGGCAAUCUGGUGAAACUGAACUUGGAAUGCAUGGACUUCCAAGAAGAAUUACCUUUCCGACUGGAUUCCUUGAAAGCGUUCAGAAAUUUGGAAGUCUUAAAGAUAACACAAUGCGAGAAUUUUGAUUUUGAUGAGAACGAGAUUAAGGAUGACGCCGAUGCAUUUAAGAAGAUAAGGAAGCUCAAGCUUAGGUAUUGUACCGGAAUUCCUACGAUGUUCAUGAAAGUUCUACUACAAAGAGCAGGAAACAAUUUGAAAGACCUCAAGGUCAACGGCCUUACAUGCUUUGCGGAAAUAUUACAAUGGUGUACCAUGUAUUGUCAUGGACUGAAAAAUAUCGAGACGACAUUAGACAAACAACAUUCAGAACUUUUUAUCGGUCUGAUGAGGGUCAAUAAGGACCUGAGAGAUAUAUCGAUAGAUGAUAUUGUGUACAUGGAAUCUUUGAAUGGUUCGACGUCUACGAAUCGCAAUUUCAUUGAAGACGAUGACGAUUUUUACUUUGGGGGAUAUAGUCAAAGAGAUUCGAGGAUACGAGAAAUUGAUGACGGAGAGACGGAGGAUGGAAACGAUUUCUUGGAAAAAAUGGCGACAGUGGUUCCUCCUUAUCUGCGAACUUUCCAUUUCAUCCUUGACUGGUGGUUCACUCCGAAAUCACUCGAGAUGCUACUGGAAAGGAUGAACGCCAAAUACCUUAAGUCUUUGGAUUUCUCGAGGUGCAGAACUUUUUCAGAAAAGCACUUGAACGUGGUGCUUAAAUAUUGUGGAGGGAGCUUAAAAAGGUUGAUUCUAUGCAUUAGUAAGAACAUAACGAGGGAGGGGUUAAGGAAUGCGAAGAGGAAAAUCGAUGAAAUUGAAUUUGUGGAGGACGAGGAAAAGUUUUGCGACGAAUAUUUGAGAGAUGUUCGAUAUGGUGAGGAGUUAGAUGAUACUUACUUGGAAUUUAGUCCCGAUCUUUUUGAAGACAGAAUGCUCGAGGAGGCACUCGGGUUUGGGACACAGCAUGUCUUCGGGCCUGAUUUAGAAGAAAUAGAUUUUGAAAACAUCACUAGUGAUUACUCUGAAGAAGAAGACAGCGAGGACAGCGACGAGGAGAGUAGUUAUGACUAUUCGGAUGAAGAUGAUUCGGGCGACGAUUACUCGGAUGAUGAUUGUCCUGACGAAUUUUCCGAUGAUGAUAUGUGA